UUUGUAAAUCCUUUGUGGUGAACAACAAUAAAGGUCUCGUAAUUCGCUCUGCAAUACCAAUCGAUAAUAAAACAUAUGAAAAUUGGAAUGGUGAAAUUAAGUUUUCUCCAAAUGCCAUUUUUUUACCGUCGACACUUCAAGACCUUAUAGAUAUUGUAAAAUUAGCAAAGACAAAUAAUAAAACUAUUCGAUGUGCUGCUCAAGGACAUACCAUAAGUACUCUGUCUGUUACAGAAAAUUAUCUUGUAGUA